AUGCAUCACUAGUAUCAGUCUGGUCCUUUUUAAACAACAUGGUUGAACACGAGGGAUAGUAGCGUAAACAGCCACAAUGCGUAUCGAAAAGUGUUACUUUUGUUCGUCAAACAUAUACCCAGGCCAUGGUAUUCAAUUUGUAAGAAACGACUCCAAGAUCUUUCGGUUUUGCCGAUCUAAAUGCCACAGAGCAUUUAAAAAGAAGAGGAAUCCGAGAAAGUCGAGAUGGACAAAAGCUUUCAGGAAAGCUGCAGGGAAAGAUCUUGCUGUGGACCCCUCGUUUGAGUUCGAGAAGCGGAGAAAUGUUCCUGUCAAAUACGACAGACAGCUGUGGAACACGACAAUGAAAGCAAUUGAGAGAAUUGAAGAAAUUCGCACCAAGAGACAAAAUCAGUUUAUAAAGAACAGAUUACAGAAAGGAAAGCAGUUGCGUAAAGAGGCUGACAUCAAAGAAGUGGAAAAGAACAUUCAUUUGAUUCGGGCACCAGGAGCGACCAAGUCUGUGAGGAUGGAGAAGAAGUUGGUGGAGGUUGUGGUGGAACAGGACGAUGACGAUAUGGAAGAGAACUAAACAUCUGACAGAGAACUAAACAUCUGACAGAGAACUGAACAUCUGACAGAACUAAACAUCUGACAGAACGAAACAUCUUACAGAGAACUAGACAUCUCACAGAGAACUAAACAUUUUACAUAGAACUAAACAUCUUACAGAGAACUAAACAUCUUACAGAGAACUGAACAUCUCACGGAGAACUUACUCAAUGGUCACAUAGAGAGCUAAAUACAUACCAAGGAUGUGGUUAUGUAUUUCUACUUCAGGUCAAGGUUCCUAGAUCUAUGUGCACUCAAAAGACAACAUGACAUUACAAAGUUUGAGAACUUAAUAAGAUAUUUAAAAGUGAUCAAAUAAAGGAAAUCUCACAUUA